UUUCAACUAACUUUUCAAGUCUUGUCUCAGUUUCAGUUUCUUCUUUGUCCUGUAACGGUGCAAGUACAGUCUCCAUCUCAUCUGUUCAAGAUCCUCAUCAAUCGCAUAGGCGGAGGUGUGUGCAUACUGGGGAGUAACUGCACGAGUACACUAGCCAUAUUGGCUUUGAAAGUGGAGUGCCUUAUCAGCCCUGAUUAGCAGAAGGCUAGUUUCGCAGGAAAACACUGUAGAAUUUGACAUUUUCCAACAGAACGUAAUCAUACACGCGAGCUCAGGAUGAUGGCGGAAAGUAAUGACACAGUGAUCGACAUGGAUUCGGAGGAUAGCAGCAGUGGCGAUACUGCCAACCAGUCGACAGCAAUCACCGGUGCUAUUGGUGAUGACACACAGGGUGACGACCAAGAGGAUGUUGAUGAAGAUGAAGAUGACGAAGAAGAAGCUCUAACGGAGAGUUCUCACCGACCAUGGUCAUUUGAAUACUACCAGGGUUUCUUCGAUGUUGACACCGACCAGGUGUUGUCGCGCAUCUGGGGCUCAUUCAUACCCAAGUCAAGCUUCUUGUCCGUCAUUGGUCGCAAGCCUGACUUGUACGGUCCAUUCUGGAUAUGCAUGACCCUGGCACUAUCCAUUACGAUUUCUGGAAACAUUGCAGGACUCUUGGAAACAUCCGGAUCCUCCUACACGUGGCGAUAUGACUUCAGGCAUUUGUCAUUCGCCGUAACGGCUAUCUACAGCUACGUGUGGGUGGUACCAGGACUGCUGUGGGCCUGGCUGUGGUGGCGCGGUGUCCAGGGCAAGUCUGCCACCCUGUUCGUGCUCACCUGUGUGUACGGCUACUCUCUGGCUGUGUUCGUACCUAGCUCGAUUCUUUUCACAGUCCCUGUCAAGGGCCUGCGCUGGUUGUUUGUCAUGAUUUCAAUGGUGCUGUCGGGCGCUGUGCUGUUCCGAACUUUCUGGCCGUUGAUUAGUAAGAAAGAUAAGAAGAUUGCAGUCCCCACUGUCUCUGCCAUCUUGAUCUUGCAUGCAGCACUCUCAGUUGGCUUUGUGCUUUACUUCUUCCCAGCCGUUCCCAAUGCAAGGCCUGCCUCACCUAGCUUGUAUCCGAUGGUUAACACAACUCUCAAGUCCAGCAUUGCGCAAGGAACAAUACCAAGCGGAGUGGUGCCUGCCAAUGCACUACCGAAAGCAAUAUAUGCGGCGGCCCAUGAUGGAUCGAAGGUGGUGGCUACUGGCAAAGCUGGAGCCAAAGCUGCUGGGGGCAAAGCCGGAACUGGGCAAGCCACUGGUGGUGUGAGCAGCAGAAAAGCAUCUGCUGGAGGUACUGGCACCAGUGCUAGCAGUGGCAGUACAACCGGAAGUGCUAACACUCCCGUCUUAAAUAUGGCCGACCGUACGACAAGGGCAAAAAAGCCUUGAGCCCUUGAUGAGCAGACAUGCACUACCAUGUACUCAAGUACCCAAGUACAGUGCUGGCAAGUGAAAUCCAACCUCGAGAGUCUAACAGUCCCGGGACUGCGCAAUCCCAGCGCUAUGAACAGUGGACAGUAUAGUGUACCGUGGCUCUGCUGUACUCGUUGGGUUGGAUUCCAUGUUCCACCUCUGUACGAGGCCGUACAUACAAGUUAUUAUCGAACAGUUAUCAACUGCUGUGUGUGUAGGCUGUUGACUUGAUCUUUUGAGUACUAGUAAAUACGUGUAACAGUUACAUGUAGGCCGAUUGGACAUGAACAUUUGCAUCUCACCAGGUUCUACAGAACUUAGCUAUCUACUUGUGUUGAUGUACAUGAAAUCGCUGACCCACACCACCCACGCACAAUACCCACGAAAACAUGAAGCACAUAUGAGGAAUAUAUGGCUUUAAAAUACACAGACCCUAUCAUGUUAUCAGUGCUUAGUAUAUUCAUGGUUUUUAGAUGGUGUUAGUGCCACCUUUUUUUUCUUCUUGUAGUCCACCUGACUCCUUGGUACCCUAUCGGUUUGCUUACCUUUCUCUUUUGGGCUGGAACCCUCCCUCACAGACCAGUGUCUGUCAUUAAAGUUUUGUUACAAUCAAUGCUCUCAAUACCUACAAAUAGAACGAUACUGCUCUGUAGCAGUGUUUGACUUUAUGUUGGGCUUGUGCUCCUUCAGUGAAUUUGCCAUACUGAAAAAGUGAAUGUUGACUUCGUAAUUCGUAUACCUUUUUAUCCUGCCAAACUAUCACCAUGGCGCAAGUGAUGCGUAUUUGUUAUGCCUCAUCAUAGAUCCCCUAUCAGUGAAUUCAUACUUUUGCCAACAUUUGCCAUA